GGGGCGUGGAAGCCAGAGGGUAUCCUGGCUGCAUCUCUGGAGGCUGCAGCUCAGGGGGAAAGGAGAGGAAGGAGCCAAACCCACAGCAAGAGGGACAUGGGUCAGAUUCCGACCACCAGGACUGCAUGGGCUGAGUCCACCUCUGCCUGGAGCCCUCCAGGCAGUGACUGGUAGAUGUCCCGGGAUGGCCCAGGUCUGGCACCAUGCCCGGUCCCUCCGAACUCUAGGCCACAUCCCUGGCCUGCAGAGCAGCCCCUGUUCACUUCGGGGCACACCCCCACCCCACUGCCCACUGCCCCACCAUGGCUGGGGACCGGCUCCCUCGGAAAGUGAUGGAUGCCAGGAAGCUGGCCAGCCUGCUGCGGGGCGGACCUGGGGGACCGCUGGUCAUCGACAGCCGCUCUUUCGUGGAGUACAGCAGUGGGCACGUGCUCAGCUCCGUCAACAUCUGCUGCUCCAAGCUGGUGAAGCGGCGGCUGCAGCAGGGCAAGGUGACCAUCGCCGAGCUCAUCCAGCCAGCCGUGCGCGGCCAGGUGGAGGCUGCAGAGCCGCAGGACGUGGUAGUCUAUGACCAGAGCACACGGGACGCCAGCGUGCUGGCUGCGGACAGCUUCCUCUCCAUCCUGCUCAGCAAGCUGGACGGCUGCUUCGACAGCGUGGCCAUCCUCACGGGGGGCUUUGCCACCUUCUCCUCCUGCUUCCCUGGCCUCUGUGAGGGUAAGCCUGCUGCCCUGCUACCCAUGAGCCUCUCCCAGCCCUGCCUGCCUGUGCCCAGUGUGGGCCUGACCCGCAUCCUGCCUCACCUCUACCUGGGCUCUCAGAAAGAUGUCCUGAACAAGGACCUGAUGACCCAGAACGGAAUAAGCUACGUCCUCAACGCCAGCAACUCUUGCCCCAAGCCGGACUUCAUCUGUGAGAGCCGCUUCAUGCGCAUUCCCAUCAACGACAACUACUGCGAGAAGCUGCUGCCUUGGCUGGACAAGUCCAUCGAGUUCAUCGAUAAAGCUAAGCUGUCCAGCUGCCAAGUCAUUGUCCACUGUCUGGCUGGCAUCUCCCGCUCAGCCACCAUCGCCAUCGCUUACAUCAUGAAGACCAUGGGCAUGUCCUCCGAUGACGCCUACAGGUUCGUGAAGGACCGGCGCCCAUCCAUUUCGCCCAACUUCAACUUCCUGGGCCAGCUGCUGGAGUAUGAGCGCAGCCUGAAGCUGCUGGCUGCCCUGCAGGGUGACGGGGCGCCCCACCCAGGGACGCCCGAGCCCCUCCCGGGCCCUGCCGCCCCACUGCCACCGCUGCCACCACCUACCUCAGAGAGCGCUGCCACCGGGAGCGCGGCGGCCAGUGCAGCCAGGGAGGGCGCGCCCGCCGCCGGCGGGGAGCUGCCCGCGCCUUCCGCGGCCCCCGCCACCAGCGCGCUGCAGCAGGGCCUGCGUGGUCUGCACCUCUCCUCCGACCGCCUCCAGGACACCAACCGCCUGAAGCGCUCCUUCUCACUGGACAUCAAGUCGGCCUACGCCCCCAGCCGGCGGCCCGACGACCCCGGGCCCCCCGACCCUGGGGAGGCCCCCAAGCUCUGCAAACUGGACAGCCCGUCCGGGGGAGCGCUGGGCCUGCCCUCGCCGGGCCCCGACAGCCCGGACGUGGCGCCGGAGACGCGCCCGCGCCUCCGCCGGCGGCCCCGGCCUCCCGCCGGCUCCCCGGCACGCUCCCCGGCGCACGGCCUCGGCCUGAACUUCGGCGAUGCCUCCCGGCAGACUCCGCGGCUCGGCCUCUCGGCCCUGUCGGCACCUGGGCUGCCUGGCCCCGGCCAGCCGGUCGGCCCCGGGAGCUGGGCGCCGCCGCUCGACUCUCCAGGCACGCCGUCGCCCGAUGGGCCCUGGUGCUUCAGCCCGGAGGGCGCGCAGGGCGCGGGCGGCGCGCGGUUUGCACCCUUCGGCCGGGCAGGCGCGCAGGGCGCGGGGGGCGGCGACCUGCGGCGGCGGGAGACGGCCAGGGCCGAGGCCCGGGACGCGCGGACCGGCUGGCCGGAUGAAACGGCGGCCCCGGAGACGCAGUUCAAGCGCCGAAGCUGCCAGAUGGAGUUCGAGGAGGGCAUGGUGGAGGGGCGCGCGCGCGGCGAGGAGCUGGCUGCCUUGGGAAAGCAGGCCAGCUUCUCGGGCAGCGUGGAGGUCAUCGAGGUGUCCUGACGGCGGCCGGGGACCCAGCGCCCGGCGCUCCGCUGCCCUCGGCUCCCUGGUCUGGGCGACGAGCCGCCGGGCCCACUAUAAAUAUAUAUUAUAUAUAAUGCAAAGAAAGGUAAAUGGUUUUACUGCGAUUUUUUAUCGAGAAGUAAAUAUUUCGAUUUUUUAUUUAUUUAAGCUGUUCAUUCUGGCAAUGAUUUGGCAACAGUGCGGGCGGUCCUCGGAGCUCUAUUUUUACUGUCUGGUAUUUAAACUGAAACACACGUUUCUAAGCAAUAUGAGGCCACCUUCAGUCCCAAGCUGGGGUGCCAGGCCUGGGGUCCCCUCCCCGCCCCCCCCCCCC